UUCUUCACCCUGCCUGGACUUUCGCCUGGCCGGACGCCUCGCAGCUGCCCCGCGACUUCAGUUUGAAACUUUCAGCUCAGGGCACGAAACGCAACAAUAAAAUGCUAGAAAACGCAGAAACUACGAAACCUCCGGGAAAAGCAGCCCCGCAGCAGCCGGGCCGCCAGGCGAGGGGUCGUCACCCGUCCUAAGGCCGGGCCCAGAUCCGGGGAUGUCACGGCUCUGCUCGCCUUUCCCCGGCUCCCGGCCUCUGCCGCCCGCCACGUGACUGCCGCCCGCCCCGCCCCGCCCCUGGAGCCGAACCGCCCGGCAACGGCGCUCCCGGUGAAGAGUGGCGGCUCCCGGCGCGGCGGGCUGCGGCCGAAGGAACAGCUCCCCGAGGCUCCCGGCGCAUCCUCAUUUCCCGCGGCUUCCAGCCCCUCGGGGCCGCCCCGCGGAAGAGGACGCCGGGCUAUGGAGCAGCGCGGGCGGCGGGACCCCGAGCCUGGGUCCGGUUUGUGGGCAGAGAUCACCAGGCCUUUCCCUGAUGCAGAAGUGCAUUUACCUACCCAGGUGCACCCCGGCCAGCAUCACCUGCUUCUGGCUCAGCCUAGCAGCACAGCUCAGGAGGAGGAGGGUGAGGAGGAGGUGCCCGGCGGCCUGGCCCACCUGGCCCAAACGGACAACACCUACCUGGGGAUGAGCUGCUGCCUGCGCACACCAGGCCUUCAAGCGGCCCCAGAUCCGGGCAGGGGGGCUUUCUCCUACUGGGCCAGGGGGAGCAAUGUGGCCCAUCAGCGCAAGACAGUGGACAGCCUGCUGCAGCACCAACAUUGCUUGCGCCUAGCUCGCCACUACUGCCGGCGCCUUAAAGCGGCUUCUGACUUUGUGCGCUGCUUGGUGGAAACCGAGUGUUGUUUUGUGACACCGGCCGGCAGGCAGAGCACCGAUGGGGGCCUCCUGCUGCGGGGACUCUGUCAGGAGCUGCGGGUGCACACCUCUCACUGGGGCUGCCUGCAGUGCCACCUGCGCAGGGACCCCUGGCUGAGGCCCCUACUGCUUCAGCAGCCUGAGGCUGUGAAGCGCAUGAAGCAGUCCCUCAGGCUGCUGGCCCUGCAGGCUCUCUGCCUCCUGGAGAGAUGCUUGGAGGCCCUGCUGCAGCACUUGGCCCCUGGCCCCAUCUCCCUCCUCUCAGAGGCCUUCCGGAGCCUGGAGAGCUACAACCAGGGGCUGAAUGAGUGGGGCCUGCAGAGAGCCAAGCUGGGGCCUAGAGCUCCAGGGCAACAAGGGGUGCAGGCCUUCUCUGUGGAAAGGGUGCUGGCUGUCUUGGCCGCCGAAAGAGGACGCCUGGCCGGCGAGAGACUGUCUCUGCUGCUCCCUUGGCAGCAGGCAGGGACCAGCGAUCUGAGGCCCACAGCCGCUGACACUUCUGGGGCGGGCGAGGGCCUCCCUGCACACCUGCAGGCCUUGUGCCGAGAGGAGGAGGAGACGGUCACAGCUCUGCUGCCAGAAUUGCUUGCAUCCACUGGCGGCCUGAGACAUCGCCUCCUGCACCAGCCCAAAUGGGACCAGCCCCAGGGGGGCCCCGAUGCAGCUCAGGGCCUGGCCACUACCCCACUGCCCAGCUGGAAGUCUUCUGAUUGGCUGGAUGCCUCCUUCGCCAAAGUGGCUGUGACGUUCUGCGCCGAAUACCGGCCCCUCUUCUGGAAAGCAGUGUCAACCUCCUGGGUGCGCCAGCUGGAGCUCCAAGCGCAUCGGGCUCAGUUUCAGAGGGGAGCCGGGGCUGCCCUGGGCCAGCGAGUGACUGACGCUCUGGCGGAGGCUUGCCUGCCUGUGGAGGCUGCAGAGGAACUGAAGGAUGUGGCACUUUGCCUGCUCAAGCAUGAUGCCCUGUGGCAAUGGGAUCCAGGGUUCUGCCACGCUCUGGGCACCAGCCUUGUGGACAGAUGCUUUCCCAAGCCCACGACUGUGGCCUGCAGCCAGACAGGACAGGUUUUGCAGAGCCUCUUCCUGCUCCUGGCCUUCAGCAUGAGAUGCCUGGAGAUCCAGCCUUUCCAUGGUGGCCCAGGGCAGCACCUGGUCCCUGCCAGCCUCCACCUGCACCUGCUUUCCCUUGCAGUGGCUACCUGCCAUGCCUCUUCCUACUGGACCAUGAGCAAAGCCUACCAGUACUUGGCCUCCUGGUCCCUCGGCCAGUUCCUCCUUGUGGCCCAAGGGGAUCUGCAGCUGCUGAAAACUGAAGCCAGGAAGAUGUUGGUGCUGGUGAGCAGGGCCUUCUUAGAGGACAGGUGGAAGCAGAGCCCUCUGGCCUCUCAUCGGGAGCGGGAGCUGAGCCUGCAAGUCCAUUCGGCAACCACCAGCAUCCAACUUUUUGCAAAUGACGUGCUGGAGUUGUUUUGUUUGGACUGCAGACGUGUGUCAACAGAGGUCUUCGGACAGGCCAUGCCGCUUGGCAAAUACUGGCGUCUCGCCCUCCAGGCAGAGCCACCCUCUGCUGCCAGCGAGUAUGCCCAGGCUGCAGCCCAAGCUGUCCUAGCUCCGGUCAUUCAAGGCGUCCGGUGGCUGCCCCGGGAUUCUCAGACUCUGGUCCUCAGCCAGGUCACAACGGCAUUCUUGGAAGUCUGGAUGGAGCACAUUCUGGCCCAGAAGAUCAAGUUCAGCCUCCAGGGAGCCCUGCAGCUGAAGCGGGACUUCGAUCUGGUGCGCGAAGCCCUGCAGUUGGAGGAGUACGAGCUGCCCGCAGAGGUGAAGCAGCUGAUUUUCUCCCUUCGGGUCUUCCAACAAACGGACAAUGCCAUCGCCUGCCUCCUCCAGCAGCCCAGCAAGGGCGCCUUGUCCUCACACAGCUGGGAUGCCCUGCAGAAGUGCUGCUCACGUGAUGGAAUGCGAUCCUGGCAUGGCAGCCCAGGCAGCCUGAGCAAUCUGGAACACCUGGAAGGGCUGUCCGUUCAUGCUCGAGCUGGGCCAGAGAGCUGGGCAGCUGACUUGCUGAGCCAUGCCCCAGGGGGUGGCACAAGCUCCGAGACUUACCUGAGCCUGGCCCAGCAGGAGUGGCUGGCGCUGCGGCUGCAUGGGGCCCGCCACUGGAGGAUGCCUGCCCUCUCGUGCAUGAACCACCCUUCGGAGACUUGAGCAGCAGCCUUGGAUCCGGCUGGGCCUCCAGCACCUGAUCUCUGCCUGCCCUGCAUGAAACAGCCCUCCCUCCUUCGGGACGUCUGAGUUGCUGGGCCUUCCAGCCUCCCUGGAAGUGGGGGCUG